AUUUUAGUUACCGAGAACUGUAGUUAUUAGCAGAUCUCGUAGGUAUGUAUCUCAUGUGCAGCAGUGUGGUGCAGUAAAACACACACAGUGAGCAGAUUCCCCCCGGUGGCCUGCUGCUGCUGCUUUGUUCCUUUCCUCUCGUUUCGUUUUCGGCGUCUGCAUUAUAACCUUCGGACGCAGAACGAAAGUGUUGUUUUUUUUUCGGUCGGCAUCAAACGAAAGGGCGCAAAAGAGUGUGUGCGACGAUUGACGAGCGAGCCAUUGCGUGUGGGAGCAGCAACACACACAUACUCACAAAAACACGGAGAGCGCCGUCGCCAUUUUCCUCUCUGGGCAGCCUGUUUUUCCCCGUGCUUCUUUCUCUUUUUCGCUGUCUACAAUGCAGUGCCCGUGAAUAAAGUGCGUCGACAGUUACAAUUGUUGAGGGCGUGUGGUGGAUGUAACAAACGGCUUCCACGAAGCUGAGCUUCUACUGUAGAUAACACGAGACUGAGACCAAGGAUCUCAAUUAAGCUGAUCAUCACGGCAGUGCCUACGGGCAGCUGAGGCCGGCGGCUCUGGCCCAGCCCCCUCAAAAAGUUACAAAUCCAUUGUUGAAAGACCGAGGAGUAAGAGAGAGAACAAGAUAUGGCUUGUUUGAAUACCCUUAAACAGGAGAUCAGGACUCUCGAGUCCGUGUUCCCCAAGAGUCAUGAACGCUUCCAGAUAAUGUCGGCCAGCGUUGACGAACUCAGCUGUCGAUUCGUCGGCAAGAAUGGCAAGAAGUAUGAGAUUCACGCUAAUAUCACCGAAACGUAUCCCUCUACACCUCCUGUAUGGUUUGCAGAGUCUGAGGAGACAAGUGUCACAAAUGCUGUACAAAUAUUGAGCAAUACCACUGGCCUUGACAAUCAUGUCAUAAACCAAGUGGGAAUCCUCCUGAAAGAACUAUGCCGCCUGCAUUCCUUACCAGAGCCACCAGAUGUAGAACGCCUCAGAGCAUCAUUUGAUCCUUUAAGAUUAGGUGCAGCAACGGAUUCUACGCCUCAGCGGAUGGAGGCAGAUGACGUAGAAGAUCUGGAGGAUGAUGAGGAAAGUGAGGCUGAGGAGGAUCUACAUCUAGACAUGGAUGAAGGAGAAACUAAUAAUAAGAAUAAGGGAGAAGAGAUGGCACUAGAGCACCUUGCAACGCUGGAAAGGUUGAGACAAAACCAGAGACAAGAUUAUCUGAAAGGCUCUGUAUCUGGUAGUGUACAAGCUACAGAUAGACUUAUGAAGGAACUGCGCGACAUUUAUCGUAGCGACAGUUUCAAAAAAGGAAUGUAUAGCAUAGAACUCGUUAAUGAUAGUCUGUAUGAAUGGAAUAUUAGAUUGAAAUGUGUAGAUCCAGAUUCUCCCCUUCAUAAUGAUUUAGUAUUGUUAAAAGAGAAAGAGGGCAAAGAUAGUAUACUACUAAACAUGCUUUUUAAGGAAUCAUAUCCCUUCGAGCCGCCUUUUGUGAGAGUGGUCUAUCCGAUGAUAUCAGGCGGUUAUGUCUUGAUAGGGGGAGCCAUAUGUAUGGAGCUGCUAACGAAACAGGGCUGGAGCUCGGCCUACACGGUUGAAGCGGUUAUAAUGCAGAUAUCGGCCACUCUCGUAAAAGGCAAGGCGCGUAUACAAUUCCAGCCAACUGGCGGUGGUGGCAAGGUUUGCAGUGGACAAGGACAGUAUAGUCUCGCACGUGCCCAACAAUCUUUCAAAUCCCUCGUCCAAAUACACGAGAAAAAUGGUUGGUUUACACCGCCGAAAGAGGACGGUUAAUUCGGAUUAUUGUGCAACGGGGUGACAAUAUUGAUGCGCGCUUAUAUAUGAGACUUUUAUCGGUGACUCUGUGCCGAGCAAACAAUAGUUACGAAUAUAAAUGAUUUGAUACACAAAACUCAACAUUUACAUAGGUAACUUUACAUGCUUAAGAAUAACUAAAUUAAUCAUGUAUUCGACCGCGAGAAGUUUUUGUCGCGCAAAGUAAACUCAAAUUGAUGUGUUUAAUUUUUUUCAUGUCUACAUUUAGUUAUUAUUUUUCGAUAUACAUUUUUAUUGCGCCACCAUGCAACAGCAAUUUAUCUUUUUACUUUGUCAUCUGUCAAGUGGGAUUAGUUUUACGUUCGUAGUAAUUCGAUCGAUUGUUUCUCUCUCUCUCUCUCUCUCUCUCUCUCUCUCUCUCUCUCUCUCUCUCUCUCUCUCUCUCUCUCUCUCUCUCUCUCUCUCUCUCUCUCUCUCUCUCUCUCUCUCUCUCUCUCUCUCUCUCUCUCUCUCUCUCUCUCUCUCUCUCUCUCUCUCUCUCUCACUCUCUCUCGCUGUUUUAGUUUCUGAGUAUAAAAACGUAAGCGUUAUUGUUUGAAAAUAACUUAGUAUUCGUAAAAUCUUAACUAAAUGAAUACACAUAAAAGGUAUAAAAAAAUGAUAUACAAUCGAGUGUAUGCAAAUGUGCUUCCUUUUUCACAGAAAAAAUGUAGAAUUUCAAAAAUAGUUAAGUAACUUUUUAUUAUUAUUUUUCAUUUAAAUUUGCGGAAUGAAUCAGCACCAUAUUUUAUGGAGAAAUGAGAUUAAACAGUGUUAUUAGCUUUUAUAACAGAUAAAGUGCGUUGAAUAAAAUGGAGUUGACGUACAUUCUGUUGCAUUCUGGCUCUUAUUUUCACGUAUUAGGGGUAUGACUGAUUUAUUGCUUACAUGUAUGGAAGUAUUGCAUAAGUGAUGGUAUUAUUCAUCGUGUGUAUAGAUCCAGUAUAUAUGAUAAAUGUAUACCUAUAACUUUUUGAUAUAAAUGGAACUAGUUAUAUUUGAUUAGAUACACAUAUAAGUUAAAUUCCAGGUGCCUUUUUAAGUUGUACAGAAUACAGUUUUUUUUCUAAUUUAUGUUCAGUUUGUAAACAAAUAUUACUGGAAAAAAGUCUGAUUUGUGAGUUUUAUUAAUAUGGGUAGAAAAUGAUUAUCCAUUGUUCUGAAAAGAUGAAAAGAAUAGUGUUUUUACAUUUUUAGGUAAAGGUUUCAUGCAUUCAUUUGAAAAACGUGAUAAAUAUUUUUAUAAUCGAUAGUAUGAUUGGAUUUAGUAGCAUAAGCAAAUUGUAAAAUACAUUUUUGCACAAUUUUUCUAAUAAGGCAAAAUUGUAACAUACUUUUCAAGAGUUACAGGACUGUUAUGAGCGACUAUUUUUACUUCAAAUAGCUCGAGAGCGUUCAAUCGUAAAUAGUGACUAUAAUAGUUGCUAAAGAUAUAAACACUGUUUACAUAAGAAUUUUUGAAAGCUUCACCUUGAAUCUUGAUCUCUAAUGCCUAUAAUGAACUUGUAACUUUUGAAUAACUUUUAAUCAUCAUAUAUGAACAAUUUCUAAACGUCAAGUGUACAGCUUAGUGCAAUAUUAUUAGAGCUUAACGUACGAAAUCGUCAAAUAAGAAGGCCAAUUUAUAUUACAUGUAGAUAAAUAUUCAAUUAUGUCAAAUUAUUUUUAAAGAUACCCUGUAAAGCAGUUCUCAAAUUAUUUGGUUUUAUUUUCGCCUAAAUGGGCAUAUUUUACUGUGCAUAAUUACUGCUAAAAGUUUUCGUCGAAUUCUAAUGUCAAUAUAGGGUGCAGUCAAUAUGACAUGAAAAAAUAUAGUACACGUGAAUAGAGCCAUUAUGCAUCAUUUAUCUUGAAAGCGACAGAUAUAUGUCAUAACUCAAGCGGUCGGUUUAUGGCAAAGUUUUUUUGCAUAUUGAGUAACUCCAUAGAAUAAGACAUUUUAUACAAUUUAAACAAUUGUAUUAAUAAUUUAAAAUUGUUCUUCAUGAAAGUUCUGUAUUAUUGAAACCAAAAUGUUUUUGCUACGUAUUGAGUUGUUUUCGAUUGUAUUUUUAAGAAAAAAGUCAUGCAUAAAGCAUUAAAUUUCAUUCAUAUUGUUCUUACAUUGUUCGAAAUUAUGUCAUGAAUAUUCAUUAGUGAAACGCGAAUCGUGUAAAUUUUUCUGAGACGAAGUAAAAAGCAUAUCGAAUCUCACAAAUUUAGUAAAUUAUUAACACGAUACAGGCGUUAUUUUUUGUAUGAAAAUUGUGUCAGUGAAUUGUAAAUUGAUAAAUAGAAACUAAAGGAAAAAAAAUACGAAAAAAAAGAUUUCACCUUAGACUGUAGGACAAGGGUGGACAAAAAAGCUUGAAUAUACGUUAUAGAUCGCGACCUAAUAUCCUGCGAAAAAAAUAAAAAAAAACAAAAGAGAAGAAAAAGAUGUCAUAGAAAUUACUUAGUGUCGGUCAAUGAUUCAUAUUGUUCAUGGUCAAUGAAACCAAUAGUUGGCUAUAAAAAGACUCAUCAUGCAUGUAAAUGGAAAGCACAUUUGUUGUAAAAUAUAAAAAAAAACAAUUGUGAUUGGUAUUUGCAUCAUUUGCGAAACAAUGAAAAGAUGAAGACGUGAUACGAGGUGAAAAAUUUGUUACGAUUUCAAGGAUUACAAUAAAAAAUUGUUAAGCCCAUCGAAAAAGUAAAAUUGACAAUGUUUCGGCAAUCAGACGUAAAUUUAUCGCCACUCUUGUCAGCCGUCCUCUUCUUUAUAAAGACAAGUUUUCGUCUGAAGAAUAAUCUCAAUUUCAGCUCGAAUCUUCGUAAAAAAAAGAAUACGCACGCGCGAAGACUGAAAACGAAUCAAGCGCCAGACUCUUCCUUUCUAUCCUUCGAUUUCUAUCUCUUUUUCUUUCCUUUGCUUUCUAAACUGUUGGCGGGAGGGAAAAAGCCGAAACUCGUAGUGUAUUUGGCGUAAGUGAUAUAAAAAAAAAAGAAAACCGCAGAGUGCAAUAAAAAGAACACUUUUCUUUUGCGUUAAAACCGCACAAACAUACCGAAACAUGCACCGCUGAUAUCGCGAAGCGCCUUUUUUUGUAGUUCGAGGAGUUCGUACUGGCAUACGAGACAAAGAAAACAAAACUUUUCCCUCUCAUCGAGGUAUUCUCCUCCCGGUGAUGCGACCGAACUGAUAUAUAUUGUAUAAAUUUUGAUUAAUUUGUCGUUUUUUUUGGGGGUGAGAAGCACGAACCUCGUUGAUGAAAGAGAACUUAUUAGUGGCCGUUGUCCACUCUCUCUCCCUUUUGUACGUAGUUUUCUAACUGUUGAGUAUCCGAAAAAUCGACCGACAGAGUCACACACCAUGCUGUACAUAACACAUCAAAUACCAGGUAGCCAACUCUUUUUAUUUCUUAUUAUUUUCUUUCGUUUUUUUAUAUAUAUUUUCGGCACGGUUUUUCGGAUACGCGCGCGUGACAUGCGUCUCGUGUACAUUGUUUCACCUGUGUCUAUAUACACGCAGAGCAGCACCUCUCUCCUUCCCCACCCUCGUUUUACUUUUGUAAAAUACUUGUAUGCGUGUGCAUCGAGGAGCGCCUCGCUCGUUCAGAGUUACUAUAAAUGCGCUGCGGAAAUAUAUAUAUUAUGUGGAUAUCGAGCGUUUUGUCAUCACUCAUUAUGUGUCGUGGUCGACGUUUCAUUGUAGCUCGGUUCAUUUAUUAUAUACCUUUUACCAUCGUCAUUUAGUUUUGCGUUUCAUUAUGUUAACUAUUAUUUAGGAGAUACCUGUGAAAGGCAACAAUAAA